UCUCUAUAAACCUUCAAGACCACAGGCUGACUGCUGCUGUCACCAUGCAUGCGCUGCACAAGAUCUUUGUUUUUUGCGCUCUUGCGGGUUUUGCCCUGGGUGGUGAAAUCAUAAAUGGCAAAAAGACCAAGAAGAAUGCGAUGCAGUACAUGGCCUCUGUGCAGAGUAACAAAGGUCAUAUCUGUGGAGGAUUCCUCAUCAGUGAAGACUUUGUGCUCACUGCAGCUCACUGUGGGAAACCAACACAUGUUGUCCUUGGCACCCACAAUCUCAGAGAUUACAAUAAAAAGAUGAAUUACACUGUGGAGGUGUGCAAACACCCAGAUUACAAGGGUGCUGUAUCUGGGAAUGACAUCAUGCUCCUCAAAUUGUCAAGGAAAGCUAAGCUGGGGAACAAAUCAAAUAUAAAGACCAUUGACCUCCCGAGUCCUAAAAUGAAACUUAAGGAGAACAAGAAGUGCCGUGUAGCUGGAUGGGGCUGGACAAAAACUGGCGCUAAUAAAAUUGAAAAUGAUCUGCAAGACAUGGAAGUUGCUGUCAUUGACCUGAAGAAGUGUAAGAAGCAGUGGAGGGAGCUUCGUCGGAGCGUGGAGCUUCCUGAUAACGUAAUCUGUGCGGGUGGAUAUAACACAAAGAAUGGAAUCUGUAAGUAUGACUCCGGUGGACCUUUGGUGUGCGACAAUCAGGCAGUUGGUGUCGUUUCUUUCAACUGUCAAGGCAACUGUAAAUACCCAAAUAUUUCCAACAUUUAUACAGACGUGUCCAAAUUCAUCCCCUGGAUAAACGGAAUCCUCAAGAGGAAGAAGUGUUAAAUAUAACAGCAUUAAAAUAAUUUCUCUGUGAUGGAUGCUUAAAAAUCUGACUGCUUUUCAAAUAGACCCACCAUUAUGAAUGGAAGCCGAGUGAAACUUUCCUGCAUUACACUUUUGCAAAUGCCUUUUAGAUGUAAUUUCUUAUGUUUUUAACCUUCGUAAUUUUCUAUCACAGCUUGCAGAGUUAAAUGCUAAUAAACAGAAUAUCAUGAAUCCAACAUCUGUAACAGU